CUGUCACGUUGCAAGUUUGACAUUACACUAUACAGUCGGUGUUUUUGAUAUGAAUAAUCUCUUAGCGUAAAUUUUUGUACAAUAGAUAUAGGAUAAUUUAAACAGCAAGAAGUAAUUAUAAGUAAUACGAUGGAUCUUAUUGUAUUUAUAUGGCUUAUUUUUACUUACGGUUUAGCAGCGGCUAUAGCCUUGCUUAUGACGAUAUGCAUCUUUAUUUACCUGGUAACUAGCCCGUACCCUGAAAUGGAACGUUUCGAAGAAGAGAAAACAUAUAAUGACCCUAGAAGUAAAAAAAGAGUGGCAUUUCCCAACAUUGAAGACCCACACAGUGUCCACCUCAGUGUUGUAGUGCCAGCCUACAAUGAGGAGGAGAGAUUACCACCCAUGCUUGAUGAGGCUAUAGAGUUUUUGGAGGGCAGAGUGAAAGAACACCAUUCAUACAAAUAUGAAAUAAUAGUUGUCAGCGAUGGAAGCAAAGAUAAAACUGUCCAAGUGGCUGAAAGUUACUCUGAAAAAUAUGGCUGUGAGAAAAUUAGGUGUUUGGAACUUAUAAAAAACAGAGGAAAGGGAGGAGCUGUCCGUCUGGGUAUAGAAAGCUGCAGAGGAGCCAGCAUAUUGUUUGCUGAUGCAGAUGGAGCAUCUAAGUUUGAGGACUUAACAAAACUAGAAACAGCACUCAAGGAGCUAAGUUACGACCCAAUACUUCAACCGAAUGAUGUCAGCAACAGUAUAGCCAUUGUGAUUGGCUCUAGAGCACAUCUUGAAAAGGAGUCUUUGGCUACACGCAGUGUAUUUAGGAAUAUUCUGAUGUAUGGGUUCCACUUCCUAGUAUGGCUGUUCACUGUCAAAGGUGUGAAAGACACGCAGUGCGGGUUCAAGCUGUUCACUAGGAAAGCAGCAAACAUUUGUUUUAAAAGUUUACAUGUAAACAGAUGGGCAUUCGACGUAGAAAUACUGUACAUAGCACAAAGGCUAAACAUUCCAAUUGCUGAGAUUCCAGUCAGAUGGACUGAAAUAGAAGGAUCCAAAGUGACUCCAGUUUUCUCCUGGAUCCAAAUGGGCUGUGACCUAGGUCUCAUCUGGCUCAAAUACACCAUUGGAGCAUGGAAAAUAAAAAGUCUGAAGAAAGAAUAAACCUAUAUUUUGAUACUUUUUUCCUAGAUAUAAUUUAAAUUAGCAUAAUCAAGAUAUUAUAACUUGUCUCUUAAAAUAUUGAUACUUUAAGUAUAAUAGCAGUGUCCACAAACACUUAAAAGAUAACAAAAUUGAUGAUCAAUAAAAUUAAUAAUUGCUUAAUCAAAAACUUUUAUUUGUCUUUAUCAGAACAGAAAAUAUACACAAUAAUGCACAUUGCACAUAAUCAUACAUAAUAAGCUGGACAGACAUAAACAUAACAAAAUAAUAACAGUACACAUUAAAAAUUAUGUAUAAUGCAGCUAUAGUUUUAAACUAUAAAUAGGAAAUGCAAUGUUUUCCCUAAAAUCUUACAGUUACACUGAUCAACAUUUAUCUUGCAGAAAAUGCAGGAAUAUUAGAAUGAAAAUAAUCUUAUGUACUUAUUAAAGAUUUAUAAUUACUUUAUAGGUAAGAUAACAGGGUUAUUUUUAAUUAGUUGGUGAAACUUCACUGUUAUUAUGACAUCUACAUUGAAUAAAAUUUAAAUGCUGUCACAACAGGUCCUACUUAGACUUGAACAUUUACCUAUAACAUUAAUAUCUAGUAAAUAGACAUCAAAUAGAUUUUCACACAAGUCUCCAGACUUUUAACUAAUUUAAAAUAACACUGCAUAUUUUUUUUAUUUACAUUAAACAUAGAGAAUUGAUUAAAUACAAUAUUACAUACAUUUUAUAAGUACACCAACAUGCAUAUACACUUUUAUCUUAUAAAAUAGUGACCAUUCAGUAGUGUAUAUUAUUAUGAAGGUUACAUGAAAUAGAAGUUAUAGGCACAGGUAGAAUUUGAGCUUUAGUUUCCAAUUUAAGUAAUAUAAACCAAAUAUUAAGUAUAAGAUCUCUUUAUUAGAUCACUUCGUUACAUUCAGUGUAAAAUUCUAAAAUCAGAUGAAUUAACAUCGAAAUAUUCGAAAUAGUUUGUUUUUCUAUCAUUGAGCAUUGUAAAAUUGGUCAAAAAAGUUUGCAUAGCGAAGUUAUAAGCAACUAUUUUUAGCUACUAGCUACAAGAAAUAAUGCAUUUUCUAAAAAAAAUAUUAAAAGUUUGAGACAAUUUCGUUAUUUUGUUAUUAGAUGAUUACCUUUGAUGGUUUUAUUUAUUUUGGUGGGUAUGAGUUGGCUGUACGAAACAGUUUUCCGGGACCUUGUCAACUGCGAUGUUUACGGCAAACACUAAACCAAAGAGAAAUACGCCUAUUAGUGCAUCGAGACAUUUUAUAAUUUACAAUUAAAAUAUUACUAAAUUACUUAACCUAAUGCUUAAAAAAUUUGAACGGCACCGCGAAAUACAAAUUUGGUUAUAAAUACUGAAAAACUCAAACAAUUUAACAUAAGCUCUUUAGUUUGCUGGCACAGUAUAUUUUGGUAAUUGAGGAAAUGUGUUUGUUAUAUAUUUAAAAAGCAACAAUUUUUUUGUAAUAGGUUGUCAACCGAAGAUUUUUGUAGCAUACAACAAAAUUGAUUUUAAGACACAUACAUAUUAUCCAGUAUUUUUGAGCUAGAUUUUAGACACGAGACAAGGAAGACCUCAGUUUCUGUACUUAGACAUGUUUUAGAAUAACAAUUAUUUAACACAAUCUAUACAGACCUAUACAGUUAUACAAUAUACUACCCGUGCCAAUAAAGAAUGGGAUUAGAAAUGGCGGCUCAUUGAGCUGGGAGCGUCAGCAUAAAAAUGCAAUAACAAUAAAUUUGACUACUAAC